AUGCUUUUGUGGGUUCGCGAAAGGAUCGAAAGCACUCAAGGUGCUGUUCGUAGUAGGCUCAUAGCGGUCACAACAACCUGCAUUCAACUUACCAACUACCCCUCGGAGCUUCCGCCUCCCGUUCUCCCCCGCCUCCCCACACACCCCGUUCCGCGCACAAUGGAGGAGGCGCAGCGGAAGGCGGACGAGAUGCUGGCGGAGCUGCAGGCGGGUAGCGGGGCGGAGGAGAAGGCGGAGCGGAUGGAGGCGGCGGUGGAGUAUCUGGCGGGCCUUCCGCCCGACGUGCGCGCGACCGUGCUGCCCGACGCGCUGCCGCGCCUGUUAGAGCUUCAGGCGGACUCCACGUUUCUCGUCCGGAAAAACUCUGUCGAGCUCUUCUACCGCCUUGGCUCCACCAUCAAAAACCGCGACGCCCCGGCGCUCAUCGCCUCCGCGCUCGCCGCCAUCAUCCGCGCCUGUCCGCCCAUGCCCCUCCCGCCGUCCUCCUCCUCCGCGCCCUCCCCUGCUGCGGCUGCGGCGCUCACGCCUCUCCCCACGCGCCUGUCCCCUGCCGCUGUGGCGAGCACCAAGGCAGUCAAGCACGCCAUUUCCGCUGCUGCCGCCCUUGUUAAAGGCGCCUUCGCUGCUGUCACUCCUGUUACAGGCGAGUCCCAGCCGUGGUCAGAAGCAUGGGAGCAGGUAUCAGCGCUGGUGCCGCUGAUAAGGGACAUGCUGCCAGGCCAGUACGCGGAUAGUGUGCGCGUGCACGCUGUGGGCUUUGUGGAAAUGAUCGUGCUGCUCGGCCGAGCAGGCGGCAAAACCGCUGCCUCUGCUGCUGGUGGUAGUGGUAGUGGUGGUAACGGCAGCAGUGGGCAGAACGGGAGCAGCGCAAGCGACGGGGCCGCAAGGGACGGGGCUGAUGGCAAGGACAUGGCAAACGGAGUGCUACAACUCCCUGACCCUGACUCCGACCCGUGGCUUAAAGCCCACUCCCUCGCCUCCCUCUCCGCCCUCACCUCUCUCCUGCAACCCCCCGCAGUCGCCUCCCUCUCGCCGCCGCUCCUCCUCACGCUCACCAGCAGCCUGACUGGGAUAGCCCGCCGCUGCCCCGCUCUUUACAGUCACAUCGUGCCGGCGCUAGUGGCGAUUGUGCCGCCCACUGCCACGUCAGCGGCGUCGGCGCCGGUGGCGGUGGCAAGUGGGGAGGAGAGUGGGGGUGGGGUGGUGCAGCAGCUGCUGCAGGCGUCCGGGAAGGCAUGGCGUGCGGGUGGCGCUGCUUGUCAUGUUGCGGCUCAUGCCGCUCGCUCCAGGCGGGAUGAAGUACCCUCCUCCCCUGUAGGCCCUCCAGCCGCUCCUCUCUCUCCCCGCCUUGCAGCCUACCUCUCUGUCCCUCGCACCCCUGUGGCACUGGUUCCGCUCUCGCCCCCCCAGCUGGCUGCAGCGCAGCAGGCAGCGGUGUGCAGAGUGGUGGCUGGGGGGUUCAGAGCGGUGCUGCUGGGUGAAGCAGGGCUGUGGGUGGCUCUGCUGGUGGGCAUGGUGAGGGGAGCAGAGGAGGAGGAGCAACAGCAGCAGUUGCUAGACGCGCUACUGAACUACCUGCUAGCUGACUACAACCGGGUCAAGGGCUCACAGGUUGUACUCUCCGUGCUGUAUGCUCUCGCACUGGACCACUCUUCCCCUCCGCCCUCCUCCUCCUCCUCCGACGUCCCCGCUCUCCCAGCACCACCAGUAACAACGUCAUCCUCCGCAUCUGCACAAGAUUCUUCAGCAGCAGCAGGAGCAGCAGUAGGAGCAGCAGCAGGAGCAGCAGCCGCAGCAGGUGAUGCAAUUCAAGUGGAUGGCAGGGGCCAAGCGGGUGCUACUGUUGCAGGUGCUUCCACUGCCGGUACUGCUACUCCUGCCACCAUCCCAGCUGGUGGUGCCAAGGACUUGGCAUCUUCUCAAAUUCCUCCUCUCUACACGUCUUUCUUUUCUCGCGUGCUGAAGUCCCUCAUCUCGCCCUCCUCCGCUGCUGCUGCGGCUGCACCCGGCGGGCUCAAGUCCCUCCUGCUGCCUCUCUUCGUUGAAGCUCCCUUCCUCCCGCCCUCACUGCUCAACCUGCUGGGACAGGCGUGUGGGUUGGAGGGCCUUGGGCGGAAGGAGGGCGAGGGGGGGAUUGGAAGGGCCACAGGGAUUGGGGUUGGCAGGAAGAGGAGAUUAGAAGAGAGGGGUGAUGGGGAUGAGGGGGAAAACGCAAGGGAUGUGGACGGAGGAGGAAAGGGGGAGGGAAGAGAAGGAGAGGCAGGAGAGGGGAGAGAGCGGGGAGACGGGGCAGAGGGAGGGGAAGCAGAAAACGAACCAGAGGGACCAAGGUCAGAGGAAGAGCUAAAGCGAGUGAAAGAGUCCCUCGUGGUGCUCUGGCGGCUGCUGGUCCUGCGCCCGCCCGUGCGCAGGCGGUGUCUCGCCAUGGCCUUGCAGUGUGCCGUGCACCCCCACGCGGAUAUUCGCUCUAAAGGGGUGGCGCUGGUGGCUAAUCGUCUUCACGCCCUGCCGUAUCUUACGGUGCCGAUUGAACGGUAUGCGCUCAAGCAGCUGCUGUCGCUGCCUGGCAUGGCGCUGCCGGCACCUGCUGGUGCUACGCUGACAGGCGAGCAGCAGAAGGCAGUGGGGCACGAGGUGGAGAGGCGAUUAGCUCUCUUCUGUGCGCUCUGCUCCCGGAGACCCUCACUACUGGCGGAUUUCUUCCGGGUGUUUGCGCAAGUGAAUCCAGUGGCCAAGCGCGUCAUGCUGCGGGACCUGCUGCCUCUCAUGCUCGCCGCACUCCCCUCCACCACUCCCGACCUCCUCACACUCAUCUCCAACCCCCCAGAGGGCUCAAUGCGCCUGCUGCUCAAGAUGGAUCAAGUUCCUGUUCUGUUUAUCUCCUGCUCAUGUUCCAUUCGUCUUUCUGCACCUCCCGUUCCCUCAUACCUCAUAAACAUCACGAUACCCAACUCGUGGCAGGCACUGGAGGUGUUUCCUCGCCUGCUGCAUCUGCCUCUGGAGCUCUUCAAAAUCGCCCAGGAUCGCCUGUUGCAGGGCUCACCCCACACGCCGCCGCUGCUAACAGCAGUGGAGCUGAUGACAACACUGCACGCGGUGCAGCCCAAGAGAGACAACGUGCCGCUGAAAAAGAUCAUGGCGGUGUGCUCCUUCUGCAUCUCCCAGCGGGCCAUCUACACACAGCAAGUCAUCGCCAAAGUCCUCAACCAGCUGGUCGGACAGACGCCCCUCCCCAUGCUCCUCUUCCGCACCGCCAUGGAGGCUGUUGCUGCCUUCCCUGACAUUGCGUCGUUUGUGGCGGACAUUCUUUCGCGCCUCAUAACCAAACAGGUGUGGAGAGCCCAUCCUCAACUGUGGCUGGGCUUCAUUAAGUGCUGCCUCGUUACAAAGCCACUCUCCUUCCCUGUUCUCCUACAACUGCCAGCAGCACAGUUGGAGGAUGCGUUGAAUCGAGAGCCAUCGCUCCGCCCCGACCUCGCAGCACAUGCUGCACAGCCAUCUGUGCAGCCGUCUGUUCCCCGGGCGUCUCUGGUUCUUCUGGGAGUCAUCACACAAGACCUUGGCGACGCUCCGGCUGCAGGAGCUUCAGCAAUUGCUACUGCUUGA